AUGCCCCAGAGUCCUGUGUCAAGCGAGGAGGAGAGGAGGAGCGUCUCCGAAUACCCUGGGGAAGAAUCAGACUCAGACAGCUCCAGAGAGGGUACCGUCCCUGGAGGGAAAAAUAAUCCCACUUCUGCCACCAGCACUGUCGACUCCCAUUUCAGUAUGAUGGUCUUCCGCAUCGGGAUACCUGACCUGCAUCAGACGAAAUGUCUCCGAUUUAAUCCAGAUGCCACCAUCUGGGUUGCAAAGCAGCAGAUCCUGUGUACCCUGAACGAGAGUCUCAAAGAUGUCCUCAACUAUGGCCUCUUCCAACCAGCGACCAACGGAAGAGACGCCAAGUUUUUGGAUGAGGAACGCCUCCUUCGUGAAUAUCCUCAGUCUUUUGAAAAGGGUGUUCCGUAUUUGGAGUUCCGCUACAAGACUCGCGUUUACAAACAGACUAACCUUGAUGAAAAGCAACUGGCCAAGCUCCACACCAAGGCUGGUCUUAAAAAGUUCCUGGAGUACAUUCAGCAUGCUUCGGCAGAGAAGGUGGCCAGAUUGCUGGACAAAGGCCUGGACCCCAACUAUCACGAUUCAGAAACUGGAGAGACACCGCUUACUCUGGCGUCCCAGCUUGAAGGGACUGUGGACGUCAUUAGGAUGCUUUGUCUCGGAGGCGCCCACAUCGAUUUCAGAGCACGAGAUGGGACAACAGCUCUUCACAAAGCGGUCUGCGCUCGAAACUACAAUGCCCUAAUGACGCUCUUGGAUCUUGGCGGGUCUCCAAAUUACAAGGAUCGUCGGGGGCUGACGCCUCUGUACCACACCGCCAUGGUAGGAGGGGACCCGCGGUGCUGCGAGUUACUGCUGUACAAUCGGGCUUUAAUUGGCACUUUGGAUGAGAACGGAUGGCAAGAAGUCCAUCAGGCUUGUCAGCAUGGACACUCGCAGCAUUUAGAACAUCUACUUUUCUAUGGUGCCGACCCGGCAGCUCAGAAUGCUUCUGGAAACACCGCGCUCCAUAUCUGUGCCCUGUACAACAAGGAAAGCAGCGCCCGGAUCCUGCUUUACCGCGGGGCACGAAAGGAUAUAAAGAACCACAGCGGCCAGACCCCAUUCCAGGUUGCGGUUAUAUCAGGAAAUUUCGAGCUGGGCGAACUAAUAAAAAGCCACAGAGAUUCUGACGUCGUACCCUUUCAGGAAUCUCCUUCCUAUGCAGUCCAUCGGCGCGAAGGGGGAAGAGCUCUCUCCGUUCCUCACGUCCUUCUCCGUGCCAAUAGCGACAAUAGCCUUUCACUGCCCGAUUGGAUGGUCUUUUCUUCUUCCACUGCCAACACUGUCACUCUACAGGGACAAAAGGCCUCAGGGGGAACUCUCCGCAGCUCCAGUAGCCCACGCGGCGCUCGAAAUCGAUCACCUUCAAGAGGACGCCAUACAGAGGAGUCCAAGAAACAGCCACGUGGGCGCCCAAGUUCCAGUGGUUCAACCAAAGAGCCUUCUGGUAGCGGAACCGCCAAUCAUCGUAUGAAACGGAAGCUGUAUUCGGCAGUGCCCGGACGUACGUUUGUUGUCGUAAAGCCCUACCAAGCCCAAGGGGAAGGAGAAAUGUCUCUCAGCAAAGGAGAAAAAGUCAAAGUCCUGAGCGUUGGGGAAGGAGGAUUUUGGGAAGGAAAUGCUAAAGGUCGAACAGGAUGGUUCCCUUCCGACUGUGUGGAGGAAAUACCAACGAAACCCCAGGAAGGGAAGCAAGAGAGCCGGAGUGAUAAAGCCAAGCGUUUGUUCAGACACUACACGGUGGGAUCAUAUGACAGCUUUGAUGCCCCCAGUGACUACAUUAUCAAAGAAAAGACCGUGCUCUUACAGAAGAAAGACAGUGAAGGCUUUGGCUUUGUGCUGAGGGGAGCUAAGGCACAAACCCCAAUCGAAGAGUUUACACCUACACCGGCAUUCCCGGCACUGCAAUAUUUGGAAAGCGUGGAUGAAGGCGGCGUGGCCUGGAGAGCAGGGCUCAGAAUGGGCGAUUUUUUAAUCGAGGUGAACGGGCAAAAUGUUGUGAAAGUUGGACAUCGUCAAGUAGUAAAUAUGAUUAGGCAAGGAGGGAACAACCUGAUGGUUAAAGUCGUCAUGGUUACUAGGAAUCCAGAAAUGGAGGAAGCUAUGCGGAAAAAAGUGCCACAGCAGACAAAGCGCGUUACUCCACCUGCAAUUUCACUACGAUCAAAAUCCAUGACAUCAGAAUUGGAGGAAAUGGUUUCUCCUUGGAAAAAGAAAAAUGAAUAUGAGCCGGCUCACAAUACAGAGAAGAAACGUACUGUGUACCAAAUGGCCUUAAAUAAACUGGAUGAGAUUCUGGCUGCUGCCCAACAAACCAUUAGUGUUAACGAGACCACUAGUCCCAGCCCGCUGACACCACUAGGAUCAUCACGGACCCCCGGAAAGGGAUUUUUCUCCUCUGAGUCAAGCUUUGGUCAACAUAGAGUUCCAAGUGCACAGUCGGUGUAUGAGAGGUCUUCCUACUUGUCCUCUUCGCCCUCCCAGGCCAUGAUGAUGCGCCAGAAAUCCAUUGGAACAGGAGAUGAUGAAAAGCCAUUUUUGUCAGCGCCACCAAUGAAGUUCAACCGAAGUCUGUCGGUUCCCAGUUCAGAGGACAUCCCUCCCCCUCCUACGACUUCCCCGCCAGACCCUCCAUACAACACCGCUCCCUCACCUUCUGCCAGGGUUAGUCCGGUUCCCAGAUCAAACUUUAAUCAGAGUGGAGAUGCAAAGCUGUACUCACCAACAAUGCGACAGGAGAGCGGACUCUUCGACCAGCAAAUGAUGGACGCUACUCGAGAGAGACGAGACAAAAUACAGCUUUACCACCAGGACUCUGAACAGGGAACCGACGAUCAGAUUAGAAUGGCAAACAUGAGAGGCUGGAGAUCCCAGGCACAAGAAAUGCGUUACUUCAACCUUCCAGCCAGAGCUGCCAGCACCGCAAUGUACGUCCCGGCAAAGGCAAUGCGUCGCAAAGGUCAACUGGUCAAGCAGGUUAAGGUGGAAAAUGAACAAGAACAGAAGCAACAACAACAACAGCAGCAAUACCAAUCUCAUCACCAGUCACAGCAGGCAGCAAAAUCCCACGAGAAAAGUUCCAUUCCUAUCCCAACCAUCAUUAUCAAAGCCCCAUCGACUAGUAGUAGCGGAAGAAGCAGCCAAGGCAGCAGCAUGGAGGCUGAGACUCAACCAGACCCAAUUCCGUCCCUACAACUACGCGACAAUAUUGAUUUUACGAGCCAGUUUGGAGCAGCCAUUGUUGGCGCAGCACGGCGGGACCGUGAAUGGUUUAAUGAAGCCCGUCGAAAGUCGGCUCUCUUUCUCUCAACAGAUGAAGAUACAGAGCCCACACCUGCCCCAAGGCUUAAGCAUUCCAAAUCUAUCGAUGAAGGUAUGUUUUCCAGUGAACCCUACAUGCAUCUCAAUAUUCCCGCCAACUUUGCAGUCCCUGUAAAUAGAGACGUUACUAGUGGGUAUGCUUACCAGCCUAAAUCUGGCAAGACGUAUGGCGUUAGUACAACUAGCGCUUUUAGCACUGUGUGUUCCACUUUUAUUCCACAACUACAAUCAUGUUCCAGUCCACUGACAAUGUCUAAUGUUAGCCCAGGUGGAGGAGCCACCACUCCACUCAUACAUCCACUAACAGGAAAAAUCCUCGAUCCCAACUCUCCACUUGGUCUCGCAUUGGCAGCCAGGGAAAGGGCUUUGAAAGAGACCCAGCAGCAUACCCGAAACGAGGUGGAAGGUAGGAGAUCGCGUCCAUCGUCACCACGCUUUCCAGAACAGCCUAAGUCACCUCUUGAAUCGAGGAGUAGUUCCCCACACCGGCUUUGGGACUCUGGAUCUGUUAAAAAAAAAGAGAUAGAUUAUAAGCCUUGUAUGGUGUCUUCAGGAGAGAGGAAAUCAGACGAAAAUUCUGGCCACCGGUCACCUGCUCUGUUGCUUCUCCAAGGGGUUGAACAAGGUAAAGCAUGGGAAAAGAGGGCGGAAGGGGCAGAAAAGAUAGAACUACAUGUUCGGUUUAUGGAGAAUUCCACUCACAAAGAUGAGGAAGAGCACGGCAAAACCCCAUUAGUUAAGGAAGUAAAACAUGAAAGGCCAGUAAAAAACACAGUGGCAAAUCAUCCUCAAUUGUCUAACACAAAUCCUGAAUCGAAUGAUACAAAUUCCAAAGAGAAUGGUCUCCCUUUGUUAGUCCUGCCUCCCCCAGCACCUUCUAUUGAUGUUGAUGAUGACUUUCUUUUUACCGAGCCCCUUCCUCCACCCAUAGAGUUUUCAAAUAGCUUUGACAAGCCUGACUCCCCACCGGGGGCAACAGGCAUGGCCUCCAACCUUCCUCCACCUGUGCCUCCUCCACCUCCUGACUCCAGUAACACACCUGCAUUAGACUCUACAACCUCUAGCCUCACUUCUUAUGACAGUGAAGUAGCAAACUUAACCCAGGGGACUCCAGAACUCAAAGAACCUCAUGUCAACUUUUCAUCCGUUGUCUCAUCAAUCCAAAUACCAGCUUCGGAUACCAUAGAUACAGUGACUGAUUCUGGUAUUGAAGAGAUUGACAGCCGUAGCAGCAGCGAUCACCAUCUGGAGACGAUCAGCAGUGUCUCUACGUUGUCCAGCAUGUCGGGUUUAUCAACAGAAGGAACAGAACUUCUGGACACUUACAUUACUUAUCUGGAUGGGCAAGCAUUUGGUGCUGAAAAGGCUGUCCACCAAAAUAAGAUCCGUUCAAGAACAUUUCCAAGUAGAACCCCUGGAUUACUCAGGGAUCCUAUUACAGCAACAAGCACUACCAUUUCCAUAGCUCCUUGUACAGACAAUGUCUUUACACUGACCCCAUCUCAAGGGCCUUCGCUCAGUGCAACAUCAGAGUCAGCCAAGGAGGCUCAGCGGAAAUCUCCCACUCUUCCUUGGGAGGACUUCUCCCAGGAAAAAACCUCUCCUGUCUCUACAGUAAAGAGCAACAUGAUCAGCGAGCUGAGCUCAAAACUCCAUCAUAUGAGUGGAGUUUCCUGGUCUCGGCCCCCAGAAUCUGCAGUUUCUUUUGCGACGGAAAGACCUUCAUCUCUCCAGAGGCACAGGAUAGCUGAUGAUUCGGCUGCUUCCUUGAUUUCUUCUAAACCUGUGAGCAGUUUGUUCCAUAACUGGCCUAAGUCUCCCCAGCCAACUCCAAAACACCCCAAAAGUGUGGACUUUGACAUCCGGCCUACUCUUCGACGAGCACCGAGCCCUUCAGCUUUGUCGACGGAGCACAAAAUAAGCCCAACUCCCCGUCCGUCUUCUCUCCCCAUCCUGCCUUCAGCCCCUGUCUAUACGGGAGUCUUUGACCUGAGAGGAUCUCCCACUGCAGCAGGUGACUCUUUCCCCAGCUUCCAAACAGGCAGUCGGUCGCUUUCCCCAACUCAUUUCAUCCUACCCCCUACAGAGAAACCCUUCGCCUCUAAGCCUAUUCAUUUCUGGACAAAAUACGAUGUGGCUGACUGGUUGGACUAUUUAAAUCUUGGAGAACACCGAGAACAUUUCCUAGACAAUGAGAUUGAUGGUAGCCACUUACCUUCGCUAACCAAGGAGGAUUACAUUGACCUGGGAGUGACCAGGGUGGGUCAUCGCAUGAACAUUGACCGUGCUUUGAAAUUCUUCUUGGAAAGGUGAUUUGAAACAUAAUAUGAUUCAUAGUUCUUUCAUCUCAACACUAAUCCAUUAUCACAAACCAAAAGAAGGUUUGUUACAGAGUCGCAAGGCAGGCACAUUUGAAUGUACUAUGAGGCCAAUGAAAAACAACAACAAAGGCAAGAAAAUCAUUGAAAAAAAAAAAAUAUAUAUAUAUAUAUACUACACAAUAUAUUUAUACACACAUACGUAUAUUCUUAAAACUGCACAGGAUUUUCCUGAAAUGAUUGAUUCACCAGCUGCUUAUUUUACAGUUUUGGGGGAAAGAGGCAAUGACGGGUUCCUUCGAGAGCCGGUAAAAAAAAAAAAUAAAAAAAAGAAAACACAUUCUGGUGGC